AUGACCACAACUACGCAACAGAUGAAGCUGAAAUACUUUCAAUGGGACGAGAAAUACAGGACGGAGAAGCCCUUCCAACUCUACGCUGAUAUUCCGGCAGGCGUACCAGACUCUAUCCGGGGUAACGUUAAAUUCACAGACGGCGAAACCGAGACAAUUGAGGAUGUGCGCGGCCAAGAAGAAAAAUACAGCUUGGAUAACCACGGGUUUGCUUUCUGUGGCUUCGAGACGGACUUCUGUGGCUGGGAAGAAAAAACGGCCGUGGAAACCGAGUAUUACCGUCAAAUGGAAGAAAUCCUGACCACAAAAGUGCCCGGCGCAGACUUGGUACAUAUUUUUGAACAUCGGCUCAGACGUAGCGACCCUCCACGAGCGCCGGGACUCACAGUGAGCCUGAGUGACCCAUCUCGAUACUUGAGUCCCGCCGGAACGGUUCAUAAAAAGCUGCUGAGAAGCCGUGUACAGGUCAUCAAUGUCUGGCGACCUUUGUACGAUGUAAUUCAAAAUUGGCCACUGGCUGUUUGCGACGGAUCUACGGUGGCUUCCUCAGAGCUCGUCGCAGUUGAUCAGGUACGCCGACAUUCUCGUGGCGAUGGCCUUGUAUUGCGGUACAAGCCUGGAUACAAAUGGUACUAUUUGUCCCGAAUGAGACUUGACGAGGCGUUGCUCUUGAAGAACUUUGACUCGAAACCGGCCGGCAAAGCAAAGUUCGCUCCGCACACGUCCUUUCGCCCUUCCAACGUGCCUCGAAAUGCACCCAAACGGACGAGUAUUGAAGUCCGCGCGCUCGUUUUCUCGUUUGACCAGGACGAUAAAUAGUUGGUGGGCUGAAAUUGACGAGCCAAGUCUGAGUUCGUGUGGGAUGCUGAAGCGUUCAUGGCAAGCAGAUAAAGUUCAGAUUUGCGACUACUUGGAGAUCGUUAGGGGCCGAGAAUGCUGAGGUGCCUUUCUUACUAUCAAUUUGGAGCUAGGAAUAUGUGGCCCGAUGACUGCACUGUUCGGAACGAGAGAGAGCUUGAGUUUGCUA